CAUGGGGGAGAUUGAAAGUGACACACACAGAUUGUUAGGCGCUAAAUCUGAUUGAGGUAUAGCCUACAGCAAAAGGAGAUCUCCUCACUGCUGCUCUGUUAUCGCGGGCGCCUACUCUUAAGCUGCCCCCUUUCCUUAUUUCUGUUGGCUGUUUUUUUUAUUGUUUUUAUUUUUCGAGUUCCGCGUCUCCAGAUGACAAUGUCUCCGGCUCUGAUGCGUUAUUCCUCUCCACGCCGAUAAAAGGUGCAAGCACGUCCGGAGGACGACAACGCCGUAGCCCCGCUUCGUCAAAGAAACCGCCACGGACAAAAAGCAAGGACAAAGCGACCUGUGCCGGACUCCUGACAAGUUGUUUACCCCGUCCUUCUCCCGAGGCGGCGUGUGUUCCCGUACAAUCCCGGUUACCUCCAGCCUGCGACUCCCGGAGCACAAGCCGUGAGACUCUCUCUCUCUCUCUCUCUCUCUCUCUCUCUCUCUCUCUCUCUCUCUCUCUCUCUCUCUCUCUCUCUCUCUCUCCCUCCCCCCCUCUCUCCGUCCAUCCUUAUCGUUCAACUCUCGCUCGUGCUCUCUUCAAUCGCUCACUCUCACACACGGACGGACCGCGAGGAGGAGCGGCACUCGGCUCCCGUCCGAGACGAUUUCAACCCCGACCGAAGCGAGACCCAAGUUCAGCCCUGGAUUCAAUACUUUUAAUCAAUGGACAGAGCCUUCUCCCCAGCCAGCCGAGGUACAGACACACCAUAAGCGGCCCGUACCCUCUGGUGGGAGUGCCCCCUGGUGGUUGGAGGCAGAUGGAGCGCGGCGGGGGGGAGAGCCCGCGGCGGAGGGACAGCCCGGAGAGGAGGGGGGGCGGCAGCCCGGAGCUCAGCGGAGCCCCCCCGGGGAAGCUGGGCCGGCUGGAGCUGAACGGGAGCCCCACGGGGCCGCGAAUCCGCCACAACGGGGCCCCACUCCGGCCCCUGGGAGCUGGUCUGAUGAUCCCGGUGUUCUGCGUGGUGGAGCAGGUGGAUAGCGGGGGCGGGGGCGGGGGGAUGGUGAUUGACGGAGAUGGGGCCCGGGAGGAGCACGCGGAGUUUGUUCUGGUGAGGAAGGACAUCCUCUUCACCCAGCUGGUGGAGACAGCCCUGCUGGCCCUGUCUCUCUCUCUCUCUGUCUCAGUGCAGUGUUAAUGUCUCUCUCCCCCUCUCUCUCAGGUAUCAUUAAGGUGGGGCCGCUGGAACCCGCUGCCCAUCCAGUACCUGACGGACGCCCCGGACGCCACUGUGGCUGACAUGCUGCUGGAGGUCUAUCACAUGGUCACCCUGCGCAUCCAGCUGCAGAGUUUCGCCAAGCUGGAGGACCUGCCGUCGGAGCAGUGGAACCAUGCCACCGUGCGCAAUGCCCUGAAGGAGCUGCUGAAGGAGAUGAACCAGAGCACGCUGGCCAAGGAGUGCCCCCUGUCCCAGAGUAUGAUCUCGUCCAUCGUUAACAGCUCGUACUACGCCAACGUCUCCACCUCUAAGUGCCAGGAGUUCGGCCGCUGGUACAAGAAGUACAAGAAGAUAAAAGGUGACUACCUGGAGAAGAUGUGGCCCGGUCGGGAGAACUCUGAAAUCAAAGUGGAGAGGGACAGCCUGGCGGAGUUCUGCGUCCUGGGGCAGCGCCCCCCUCCUCACCUGGCCGGCCUGGCCCAGCUGGGCUCCCUGGGCGGGGGCGGGGGGUCCCUGGUGAAAGGGGGCUCGGGGGACCCCCAAACCCCGUCCCAGCAGCAGCAGCAGCAGCAGCAGCAGUCCCAGCAGCCGCAGCAGCCCUCCCCCCACGGGCAGCUCCACCACAGCCCCCCGCUGCGCUCCCAGGUGCCCCCGCCCGCCGGCCUGCAGCCCCUGCUGGCCCCGGGGGGCCUGCUGUCCCCCCAGCUCUCCCCCCAGCUGGUGCGGCAGCAGCUGGCCAUGGCGCACCUCAUCAACCAGCAGCUGGCCGUCAGCCGCCUCCUGGCCCACCAGCACCCGCAGACCCUCAACCAGCAGUUCCUCAACCACCCGCCCAUCCCGCGGCCCGGCAAGCCCGGGGACCCCGGCGCCAACCCGGGCGCCGUGGAGGUCUCGCCCGACAUCUACCAGCAGGUCCGCGACGAGCUGAAGAGGGCCAGCGUCUCGCAGGCGGUCUUCGCCCGCGUGGCCUUCAACCGCACCCAGGGCCUGCUCUCGGAGAUCUUGCGGAAGGAAGAGGACCCUCGCUCAGCCUCUCAGUCUCUGCUGGUAAACCUCAAGGCCAUGCAGAACUUCCUGAACCUGCCCGAGGUAGAGCGGGACCGCAUUUACCAGGAGGAGCGUGAGCGCAGCAUGAACCCCCCCGUGGGCCUGCCCCCCACCCCCUCCUCCAGCCCCGCCGGGCCGCGCCUCACGCAGAUGGUGUGGGAGAGAAACAGCGAUGAAAAGUUAACCCCAGAAGCAUGGGCGUCUAUUUGGAAAAAUAAGCCCAAAAUCUCAAACUCGCCCAAGCCUCCAGGGCCGAGCCCGGAGCUGCCUCUGAAGAUCGAGUCCCUGGUGAACAUCACCUCGGCGAUCUACGAUGAGAUCCAGCAGGAGAUGAAGAGGGCCAAGGUGUCCCAGGCGCUCUUCGCCAAGGUGGCCGCCAACAAGAGCCAGGGCUGGCUGUGUGAGCUCCUGCGCUGGAAGGAGAACCCCACGCCGGAGAACCGCACGCUGUGGGAGAACCUGUGCACCAUCCGGCGCUUCCUCACCCUGCCGCAGGCCGACCGCGACCUGGUGUACGAGGAGGAGUCCCGGCACCACCACAGCGAGAGGCUGCACACCGUGCUGCACCUGCCCGCGGACCCGCAGGCCCUGCACAGGCAGCCCCCCCAGCCCCUGAAGGACCACUCCCCGAUGCGCGAGGACCCCGUGCCCGUGUCUCUGCCCGGCUCGGGGGUCGAGGAGGGCCAGCAAGCCGGGUCCAGCUCGGCCAAAAGGCCGCGGUCCCGCACCAAGAUCUCGCUGGAGGCGCUGGGCAUCCUGCAGAGCUUCAUCCAGGACGUGGGCCUGUACCCGGACCAGGAGGCCAUCCACACCCUGUCGGCCCAGCUGGACCUGCCCAAGCACACCAUCGUCAAGUUCUUCCAGAACCAGCGCUACCACGUGAAGCACCACGGGCGCCUGCGGGAGCCGGGCGAGGGCGAGGGGGACGGCGGCGGCGUGGACGUGUCGGAGUACCGCGACGAGGAGCUGCUCUCCGGGUCCGAGGACGCCGAGUCCGGCGAGGACGCGCACGACGAGCUCUACGGGGCGGAGUCGGGCGUGGGGAUGGGCGGGGCCUCGGCGGCGGCCGCGCCCCUCGAGGACGGGAAGGACAAGGGCCACCUGCUCUCCCAAAACGCCCGGCCCAGCUCCCUGCCGCCCUGCAACACCUCCCCGGGCCCCCGGGACACCAGCGAGCACCAGAGAUAA